AUGAUAUUAUUGGUCGUACUAGUAACUCUUUUAAUCACAGUUAGUACAGCAAAUCCAAUAUCAUUAAAUAAACGACAAGGUCCUGGCGGCGAAUCUAAAACUCCGCCUGCGCCAUCAGAUGGCAAGGCUCCGUCAGAUGGUAAGGCUCCCGAAACACCACCAUCAGACGGUAAGGCUCCCGAAACACCACCAUCAGACGGUAAGGCUCCCGAUACACCACCAUCAGAUGGAAAGACACCCGAUACACCACCAUCAGAUGGAAAGACACCCGAUACACCACCAUCAGGUGGAAAAACACCCGAGACUCCGCCGUCAGGUGGAAAGACACCCGAGACUCCGCCGUCAGAUGGAAAGACACCCGAGACUCCGCCAUCAGAUGGCAAGACUCCCAACGCACCUCCAUCAGAUGGAAAGACGCCCGAAACACCUCCGUCAAAUGGCAAAACUCCCGACACGCCAUCAGGUGGCAAGUCUCCCGCUCCAGAUGUAACUAUCAACCCAUCUGAUAUAGGAACCCCCACAGCUGGAAAACCCCCAGUUGAUACAACAAUAUUACCAGACGUGACUAUAACUCCAACACCUACAUUCCCUUCAAAAAAUGAUGAUUCAAAAGACAAACACAAGCACAUAACAAGAUUCACAACAUAUAUUACUUCGUACUACUCAGUAAUACCAGGCUCAACCAAACUUAUUACCACAACAAACGAAGCCGGUGAACCCACCACUCUCGCUACGUAUGUUCCUCCAUCAACCGUUUUGGUGGUUCAACAAGUGGUAUCACCAAUUUCGGAAUCGGAAGAUACUGAUGGAAGCGGUAAUAUGUUGAACGUACAAGGUUUAUGGGGAAUUGGAAUGAGCAUAACGGUGGUUUGUUUUAGCAUGUUUUAUAUGGUGCUUGCAUAA